AUGCACUUCGCCGUGCCUGCAGCGCUGAAAAAAGCAACUCGCCGCGCCUGCAGCGCGGAAGACGCACUUGGCCACGCCUCUCAGCUGGCAGUGCCGAGCCUCUCACCAGGCAGUGCCGAGCCUCUCAUGGCGCGCGAUCCGCCGCCUACCACGUGGCGCGCGAUCCGCCGCCUACCACGCAACAAAAAAGGUGCGCGUAAUUACUUCAAAUAUAAGGACGACGAUGACAAGUACGGGAACAACAACGAGGACGCGGAGGAGGAGGAGGAGGAGGAGGAGGAGGAGGAGGAGGAGGAGGAGGAGGAGGAGGAGGAGGAGGAGGAGGAGGAGGAGGAGGAGGAGGAGGAGGAGGAGGAGGAGGAUGCGGAGGAGGAGGAGCAGGAGCAGGAGCGGGACAUCACCAUCGAGCAGCAACAGAACAGGGGUGACAACGACCAGGAGGGCGACGACAACGAGGCGGAGGAGGACAAGGAGGAGGAGGAGGAGGAGGAGGAGGAGGAGGAGGAGGAGGAGGAGGAGGAGGAGGAGGAGGAGGAGGAGGAGGAGGAAGACGACGAGGACCAGGACGAAGAGCAGGAGCAGGAGCAGGGGCAGGAGGAGGAGGAGGAGGAGGAGGAGGAGGAGGAGGAGGAGGAGGAGGAGGAGGAGGAGGAGGAGGAGGAGGAGGAGGAGGAGGAGGAGGAGAACGAGGAGGACGAGGAGGAGGAGGAGAAGGAGGAGUAG